UCCUUUACAUUGGGAAGUAGUAACAAAUCUCACAGGCCUCACCCACGCGCGCUUCAUCAACAACCUCAUCCGCCGCUGGGGGUGCGUGCCGGCCCACAUCGUCCUCGACGGCGCCGGCGCGUGGUCGUGCGUGGAGGACAUGAUGCGCUUCUACUACGGCCCGCGGUUCGACGACGUCGACAUCGUUCCGCUCGCCGAGGGCAACAUCGCGAUCCGGCGUUUUCAGCGCACGAGCAGCGUGCAUAGCACGCCGAUAGAGAGGAGCUGGGCCGACGUCAACGACGUGACGCACAAGUACCGCGUCGAGUUCAAGAGCCUCGAGGCGCGCGGCCUCUUCCGCGGCGGGCGGCACCUCGACCCCGUCGACGCGUUCUGCCUCGCGGCGGUGUAUAUUGACUUCAUCAGGCGCGACGUGCACGAGCACUUCAUGUCCAUGGGCUACAGGCGCAAGCACAAGGACACGGCGAACCCGAACGUGCCCGCGGGCGCGCGGCGCCCCGUCGACGGUCUUGUCAACAGCGCCCAGCACGGCCUACCCGUGGACGCGGCCUCGAUCGCGGCCGUCGACGCGGGCAUCCUGCGCUACCACGGCGUCGCGCCGGGCUCCGACGGGCCGGCCGCGCCGUGGGAGACCGAUCCCUUGGUCACCGACGCGGACCGCGCGCUGCGCUCGCGCAUGGCGGCGAUCCCGCCCCUGGCGCUCGCGGACUACGCCGUCGACGUCGAGAGAAAGGACGGCGCCGCGGCGCGCGCGACCGUCGUCGGCGCGGCGCCCGCCGCGCGCGAGACCGACGACGCGCCGUCCGUCGCGGCCUGGCGCGCCAGAUGCGACGAGACCGACGUCGUCUCCUUCCACGACUUCGGUCUUCGCGUCGGGGAGGCGCCCGCCGCGGCGAAGGCGAAGCGCGCGCCCGUCGCGGCCGAGGCGCCCGUCGCCGACGUCGCCGAGGGCGCGAGCCCCAAGGGCCGCGCGGUCAAAGUCGUCGUCGACGCGGGCCUGCGGUCGUCGCUGCGCCUCGUGGGCAAGCACCGGCGCGCGCGCGUCUUCCUGCCGGAGGGCGUCGGCCUCGACGACGAGCGCGCGCUGCGCGCGGCCAUCGAGGCGACGAUCCCGCCCCUGGCGCUCGCAGACUACGCCGUCGCCGUCGAGGAGAAGGACGGCGCCGCGGCGCGCGCGACCGUCGUCGGCGCGGGCAGCGCCGCCGAGGUCGCCGCCGAGGACGCGGUUUCGCCGUCCUUUGCGGGCGCGAGCUACCAGAUGGUGUCCUGGUACCACUUCUUCGAGGCGCCGCUCGACGACGGCGCCGUCGACGCGGUCGUCGCGUCGCUCGCCGCGGAGUGGCGCGGCCUCGGCGUCGUCGGCCGCGCCUACGCGGCGCCCGAGGGCAUCAACGCCCAGCUCGCCGUGCCGGCGCCGUCGCUCGACGCGCUCGCCGCGGGCCACGCGCGGCGCUUCGCGAAGCUCGGCGCGGCGGCGCCGCCGCUGAACUACGACGAGCGCGUCUCCCCCGCGGACUUCGCCGCGCGGCCGCCCUUCAAGGCGCUGCACGUCCGGCGCCGGGAGCGGGUCGUCGCCGACGACGGCGGCGCCGACGGCCUGGACCUGCGCGACUGCGGCGACGAGCUCGCGCCGGACGCGUGGCACGCGGCGCUCGGCGGCGACUUCGGCGCCGGCGACGGCUCCGGCGGCGGCGACGCGCCCGUGGUCCUCGACGUGCGGAACCACUACGAGAGCGCCGUCGGCACCUUCGCGGGCGCGACGGCGCUGGGCACGGAGACCUUCAAGGACAC